AUGGCCAAAGAAGCUGAAGCCCAAGUCCAACUCCAGGACUUUCAAAACAUCUUCUCCCUCGAAGGCAAAGUCGCGGUUGUAACGGGCGGUUCCCGUGGUUUGGGCCUCCACGCCGCCAGCGGACUCUUACAAGCCGGCUGCUCAAAAGUAUACAUCUCAUCGCGCAAAGCUGCUGCAUGCGACGAGGCGGUGGCCGCACUCAAUGCGCUUCCAAACAAGAGGCCCGGUGCGCAGGCUAUCGCUGUCCCGGCUGACGGCUCCAAGAUAGCGGACUUGGAUCGCCUCGUUGCUGAGGUAUCCAAAACCACGGAUCAUGUUGAUAUCUUGUUUGCCAACGCCGGCGCAACUUGGGGUGCGCCUUAUGAUGAGUAUCCUGAGAAUGCGUUCAGUAAGGUGAUGGAUUUGAACGUCAAGGGCGUUUUUUAUACCAUUCAAAAAUUCACUCCUCUCCUUGAAAAGAGAGCUACACUUGAAGACCCCUCGCGAGUCAUCAUCACCGCCUCCGUAGCCGGCAUCGGCAUCGGCACCGUCGGCCCUCAUGGCACAUAUGCCUACUCCGCCUCCAAAGCAGCAGCCAUCAGUUUGGCAAAGACUCUGGCCGUGGAAUUGGGCCCUCGACACAUUCUUACCAAUGCAGUUGCUCCAGGCUUCUAUCCUUCCAAGAUGGCCAAUGGGUUGAUGGAGUUGGCUGGUGGAGUCAAGACGUUGGCGGCGCAGUCUCCCAAUGGACGUGUUGGUCAUCCGGAAGAUAUUGCGGGAUUGGUGGUUUUCUUGUCUAGUCGUGCUGCGCUGCAUAUCAAUGGGUCUAUUAUUACAACGGAUGGUGGGAGAUUAUUGGGGGACAAUAAGUUGUAA